AUCUUUUUGGGUCCGGACGAUUUCCUAGGUUCCUGACGAUUUCUGAGUCUAUAAGGUAAAGAAUCCACGGACACUCUCGUCGCAGAGUCGAACAGCGAAAUCCUUCUCCUCGUCAUUGUCGAUGGGUCAAGUGACAGAGAGAAAAGAGGCCGAAAACGGUCCGACGAAGGGCACAGGAAGGGAGACAAUUCGCGAACGCGAAGGCAGGGGAGGGACGGUUUCCUCGCGCCGUUGGUGAGAAGAGUGGGAAUGCGCGCAAAAUGUAUCCUGACGUAGCGCGCAGCAGGAGAUGGAGGGGAGCCUCGCUGACCAGUCGACCGCCUCGGCAGCAGACGCGGAGCCGCGGAGUUCGCUGCGUUUAGUUGCGGUUCGUAUUCGGCUGCGACAUGAGGAGCCGAGUGUACGCGGUAGUACAAGAUACCGGUAGUAUUGUGACAGGGUAGUGAUAGUUCGCAUAGCGGACAUAUCGGAGUCAGUCUCAGUUUGAGUCUUGCCAAAGGGCAGCCAAAGUCGACGCAGUGCCGAAGUGCAUUGGUAAUCUCGUGGGAUACACAAUUUAAGCGUACGAUUGGGGCGAGGAGUCAACACGAGUUAAUCCCUUCGACGGUGGACACUUGGAGUGUGCGGAUUGGCUGGUGCAGUCGCAACCGUGGAGCGGAGAGGAGCGCCGGGGAGCACGAACACGCUUCGUUUUACUCGCGCUAGCGCCGUCAACGGGAGAGGAGCAGCGGUGGAGCGGCGAAGCGGUAAGGUGUAGAGCAGCCAGCGGCAGCAGAGCCUUGCUUCGACGGAGGGCAGGAGAACGCGUAGGAGGGGAGAAGAAGUGAGAGAGAGAGAAAGAGAGAAGAGGUGGUGGUUGUAGCCGCCCGACCGACCGACCGAGUUGUUUCAUUCAUAAAAAAGUUCUUUAUUACUCUCUGUGAGCGCAUGUGCUAUUCCACCACGGAGGAGGAACGAGUACUACUACUCCCCCGACCGGCUGCGACGGCGUAACCGCGUUUACACACAGUAUUAUUUACUACUGUGCGAGAUACGAAUCGGCGCCACACGCCGCACCGGCAGCGCAGCGUACGGAUCGUUCCGUUUUCAUCUCCGCAUCCGUGCCAGUCAUCUUCGCGUUCAUCGUCCGGAGAGAAAUUUAGUGUGCAUGUGUCGAUCUCAAAACGAACGCAUAAUUUAAAUUUCUUUUUUUAUGUAUCCUUACGCGCGACCCGAUAAUAGACUAAGUUGAAUGGUGCGAAUGGUCUAAAAAUUGUUCGAGUUAUCGAGUGAAGAGGGCAAGUGGAUCAACGAACGCGAAAUCCGGGUGUCGGAGUGUAACGUCAUUGCGAAGAACUCUUGACAGCAACCUGGAUCAUUCACAAGAAGCCGCCGUGGAUCUCUCCCCUGAAGCGGGGGGAGCUACGGAUCGGAGGGAUCGUAGACAAACUCGCGAGCGUCGACAGCAUAGUUUAAGCUAUCGUCCAAAUUACAACUUGUCAGGAUACGAUACUCUAAACGUCAGCGAUCCUGGUCCUAGUACGAGUCAAUCGUCCAGACAAACGAUGCCGCGGAACGAAUCGUCGAGAUCGGCGGGCAAGCGACCGAUGAGAGCAAUGACGCCACAAGAAAAAAUGGAUGCUAUCGGCAGAGUGCACGGUGGAGAAUCCAAAGCGGCUGUGGCACGUGAUAUCGGUGUGCCCGAAUCAACUUUACGGGGAUGGUGUAAGGCGGAAGACAAAAUCCGCGCUCAAUUAAAUAAUGUAAGAACUACGGGGACCUACGAUCAUAUUUUGACGUCCAGUUCGGAGAACAGUGAUAAUAGUCGAGCGGGAUCCUCAUCACGGUCAACGCCAACCCAAAACACAAUGGGAAUGUCGACUUGUGGAGUUGCAGAGAGAGUCAACGAGGAGCCUGAGGCCGGGCCAGCGCCAAAGCGACCAAAAAUGGAGAACAAUUUGACAUCCGUUGCCGCUGCCGCUGCAAUUAACAUGAAUACCAUGAAUAACAUGUCGACAUCGGCUCGAACACCUUUAAUCACUGAUCUAAAUCCAUUGUUAACUAAUCCUACAUUUCUCUAUAAUAUGCUCACGCUGGGCGAUGAGAAGACUCUAGCCGCACUUAACUCGUUUAUGACGAGAGGUACUUCUUCUUCUCACUCCGCAUACUUAGCGCCUGCCGUGAAUCUUCUUGAGAGUUUGCAUAGGAACAACGGUGCGAUGGGUAGCACGAUGGCGAUGUCAAUGGGGAAUAUGUUGCCUACUAGCAAUGCGCUAAUUAACGGCAAAAGAAGGUACAACACUCAUGGAAUUGCACCAACUGCGGAGAUACCGCCGAGAGUCACAGCGAGGAGACAAAACAAUCAAUCGCCGAAUGCGGAGAAACCGUCCGGAAGCAUCUCCCAACCGACGAACAAUCGUGCCUCCCCUAUGCCAUCAACAUCGGCGAGCAACGGCAGUGUGGCGAAUAAUUCAAAAUCGUCCAAAGACUGUAAAAAACUUGAUGACAUAUUACGUCAACUACGUCAACCAGGUGCCGGACAGUCAGAGUGUAGUAUUGCAGAAAUACUAGCCAAUAAUGCGAUGAACAAUAACAAUAAUAAUGUCGACCAUGUUGACAACGAAACAUCUGAAAACUCCCUUCCGCCGGAAUUUGCUGUCGUGUUAGAGUACGGUACUAAAUUCGCAGAUUGGUUACAAAAAUAUGGAUCUGCCAUCUGUACCUUCCGCCAAGUGAUUCAGAUAAGGGAUAUUUUAAAAAACAUGUCGACCUGGGCGGAAUCGAAGGAAAUUGAGUCAAAGGAAAAGAGUAACGGUACGAGCUAGCUGAAACAACGGAGAAAGUGACGUGUGAAUAACUUAUAAAUAAAUUAGUAUAUAGAAAGAAUUGUACAAAAUUAUAUGUACAUGUAUGUAGGUAAAUAUGUGUGUGAUUGUGUGUACAUUUGUGUAUAUGAGAAAGCGUUUGCGUACGCGGUGCACAAGAAAUGGGGACAAUAAAUAGCGGAUCUGGUAUAAUCGUGUAUGUACAUAUUAUAUAUAUUAGUAUAGAUAUGAUGGAUCCGCCAUUUAUUACUUCAUUUUUCCUUGUUUUAUUAGCGUCUUGCAGAAUGUGUUUGACGAAACGCGGACGCGAUGUUCAAAGAUCCCGCAGGUGCACCUUUUCCUAUAUUUUUCUACCUCUUAGGGUAGUUACUUUUAUGUUUAGAAAUUUAUUAUUUUCGAAAGGAUCAGGUUUUGUUUCAAAUUAAGACGACAUUGGCAUUGAAAUAACCCGGAUUGCGCGCAAUGAUAAAGAAAUUGAAAGAGGAAACGUAUAAAAGAAAAUCUUAGAUUGGAUUAAACCUUAGAAGGUUUGUUGACUUACCAUAGUAAAAGCUUCGUCUAAUGGCUGAUAUUCGAUGUGAUCGCUGAUGAAUUUUACACAUCCACGCCACGUGUAUAGUUCCGGAUACGGCAACGUACUUCGUUUCAUAUUGGUAGAUACAAAUUUCUACGCAAAGUAGAAAAGAUCCAUUCUAUAGUUGUCGCAGCGUAAGAUAUAUUUUUUGCGUUCCUCUUUUAUAUUAUUAAAUAUUUCUAUUACUUUUAUCGUAUUAACUAAAAAUUGGGAAUUAAGUUAAACAUUUACGUACAUUCAAGCCAUAUUACGUACAACUGUUUCUGUGAAAUGAUUGCGUAUGAAGAUAUACGAUAGAGAAAUUUUCUUUUCUUCUGUUACAUAACCAAAACAAAAAUUCAAAAAGUUUUAAAAAUUAGUUGCACAUUCCUUUAUAUAUACUGCGAAUGUUUUUACAAUAAAUUAAUAGUAAUAGUUGAAUAUCAUAUUUAGUUAAUACGGUAGCAAUCCUGUGUACCGCAUUAGUAUUUUGAAUAUUCGCGUUGUAUUUCCUUUUCCAGUUUUUCGACUCUAAUAUGACAAAUUUUAAUAACAUGAGAAAAAUAAAAAAAAAACAUUUAAAAAACAAAAAAAAUAUUUUUAAAAAA